UCCUGUAACGGAACGGCAUCCUUAUGUCAACGCAAACAAAACUAUGUCAAAAUUAAUUCUAAAUUUCGUGUAAAAACAACAACAAAAUCACACAACAAUUUAUGUGCAGCAAUCCAUGUGCUCCUUUUAUUUGUGUAUAUAAUAAAGAAACGUCGUGAUGGCUGAAAAGUCUAGUGAAUCAAGUCCGAGCGAGCCUGCCAGUACUCCAAGGCAGGAGGCCCAACAGUCCGGCAACUGGUGGGACACUUGGAUAUCUUCCGCUAAGUCCAAGUCGGCAGAGGUGUAUACGAUGGUGAAGAAGGACCUGGACGAGAUCGGCACGGCUGUGAAGAGUGAGGCCAGCCAUGUGUUCAGCACCACGUCUACUGUCAUCGGGAAGACGCUGAAGCUGGAUGUACCAGAGUCGCCAGCAAAUGUUAUGAAGAAAAGUCUUAGCAGCUUCAUUGGUCAAGUGAGCACAGUGCUGAACCCGGAACCAGAUGACGAUGACGACACCGAGGUGAUCCUGUCUUCUGGGGACACCACCAUGCUCUCCACCUACAAGAAAGAGCUAGAAGCUCUGCAGCGCGUGGACGCGACGUUCAUAGUGCCGGCGUACAGCGCGGAGUUCGAGGCGUGGCGCGGCAGCCUGGAGGCGUCGGAGGCCGGCCUCAUCAGUCUGUCGGCCGCCGCCCGCCGCCUCGACGCCAGUCCCACGCUCAAGGCGCAGUACGACAAACUUGUGCCCGAUGCCGUCUCCCAUGACGAUUUUUGGGAAAGGUAUCUAUUCCGCGUGGCACUGCUGCAGGACCGCCUGGCGGCGGCGGCCCGCAAGCAGCCGCAGGAGCAACCGUCGACGGACCCCGUGCUGGCACACCUGCCCAUGCAGGCCGCCGCGCCCGUCGUACAGAGCCCGAAGAAGGUCCUCUCGGGUUUGGAAGACGAGAAGCCAUUCGAAGCACCCGACAUGGACAACGUGGUCACUUGGGAAGACGAAGACUUCGCCAACGACGUGGAACUGACAGAAGAACAACAAACUCUACUUCUAGAAGAAUACGAGAGAGAGAUCGCAGGUAAGAAGACCAAACAAACUUGUUCCCGAGACAUAGCCAACAACAACACAGAUAAAACAACGAGCACAGACAAUAAAAAAACAAAAACCGCACAAACCAGAGACAAGAUGAACAAUAAGACUUCAAAUAAAAAUGGCAGGUCACCUAAAAAGGCGGCAAAAUCUGACGUUUGUGGAAAUAAUUUAGUUGAAGAUUAUUUCGGUGAUAAAGAGGUUAAGGAUGACGCUAGCGCUAAUUCUGACGAAAGUUGGGAGAAGGAAUUUGAAAUUGAUGACGUAGUUGAGCAAAAAGCAUGAAGUGAUCCGGCCAUAUUGUAAUGUAAGGAUAAUAUAUAGACCGGGUACAUUGUGCGUUGCGAUAUAUUGUGACGUCAUACUAUCAAUCCAGCCAUACUUUCCAAAUAAUCCAUACUGUCUUUUCUAAACUGACCCUUAUUUCGACUGACAAGUAACUCACAAUGCACUAUAGAAUCGGUCAACAAUUAUUACCCGUAUGUCGUACACACAAAGUUCAAUAUAGUCGCGUGUAUCGUGUUACGCACAAUGUUCCAUAAAGCCCGCAGCGCACAUUACAAGCUUUUGCGUUAAGCCUGGGAAUAUUCGUUAUACAUCAGCUAAUUUACAUGUUCCUCAAAUGUAAACAAUAUUACUACUGUAUAUGGUUCGUUGUUGACAGCUACUUAUACUAAGAUCAUUUUUAUUAUAAUAUCAACUUAGUUUUUACAACUAGAAAGUUGAAUUUUGUGUAAAACGAAUAUUGUCGGGUUCUCUCUAUUGCCACGUUCAAAUUGAAGCCAUGUUGAAACAAUGUAUAGAAAUCAGCUUCGUUUCUAUGUAUUGUCAAUAAGAAUUACUUAAAGUAAUUAAUAUACAGCUCAGAUAUCGUAAUCGAUUGUAUUCUGAAUUAUAUGUGACUAUAAAAAUCCAACCGUACUUGCGCUAACUUGCGCAAACCCUUUACGUAUUGCGCUUAGAUGUAGGAUAACGUGUAUUGCCUACUGUACCACAGUAAUACGUAUUUAUAUAGAAUAUACAUUAAUAUAAAUAAAGUAUUUGUAUUCAGGCUUUUUGCGCAAUUUAGCGCAAGUUCUGUAACGUGUUUGGACUUUAAAUCGUGUGUUGACUGACCUGACCAUGAUGUAAAAAUAAUAUAUUUUAUAACUAAUACAUAGUGUAGGAGAUACAAAUGUCGAUAGUUGUAUUUUUGUUUUAAAAGAAAAUAUUUUUAUCUUUACUUGGUAGUUGGUUGCGCUAGUUUUCUUAAAAGUAGUCUCAUACAGUUUUCAUUUUGAGUAUAAUAUAAAAAUUUUAUUAAUAUUCUGUCUCGUCAAACUAAACUAUUUUAUGGUACUAAAAGUCGAGAGACUAACUUGAAAUCUACUCAAGCGCCAUCUACUUCUAAAGUACGGUACCUAUCAUCGAUAAAUUUUAAAACGAAAAUUGCAGACCUUAACACCUUUUCACAGAAAGGUUUUGUUACGUAUUUGUUCUAUCAACAUUUUGUCUUGUGACACUGUGUAUUAUUUUAGUGUAAGUGCACAUUUCUCUGGCUUUAGUGCCCUCCCUAACUUUUUGCAUUUAUUUUAUGUCGUCAAAGAUUGACAUUAUGGGGAUAACUACAGACUGCAUACUAUUUGCAUGCUUUGUUUCAAUAUUUUUUGAGCAUAACCUAUUUAACCGGAACGUAAAUCUACGUGAAACAUAAUGUAUUCUUGUUGUGUCUUAUAUACCGGUAGUCAAGCGGUUUAAUUUAAUAAGAUUACCAUCAAAAUAUAUCUUAGUAAAUUGGCCUUUACUCAAUUUCGCGAAAACGUUAGGCCAAUGAAAUCUCUUGUAUAAAAUCUUCUAUUAUUUAUUAUUUCUAUGUAUUAUAAACUCUUACUUGUCUAUAUUCUUAUUGAAAAGCAUUGUGUAGUCUGUGGUAUAUCCCAAAAAAGAAUUGAAAUCUUUGUCUCUGAGUGCGUUUAUCCACCUUUUUUAUUACUAACCGGGUUUUGUAGAGUUGUAUUUCUAACGAAUUUAUUUUUAGCCAUUCCAUAUUAUGCUGCCUAAACUCGUCUGUCGAACUAUAUGCAUUUGCAGACAUCGAAACGUAAGAAAAUUUGCACCCACAUAAACCGUAGGUAGUAAAAUAUUGAAGUAAGUUAAAAAGUUAAUUGUUAUGAAAUUAAAACCUAUGCAUAUUGUCCGUUUAUUGUAAACAAACAUGUAUGUUCUUUAUUAUAUUUUUACACUAUUAUUUUACGAAUAAAUUUUAUUGUAUCGACAUUUUUUUUUCGUGUUAAAAUGACGAGUUUACCACGAAAUAAUUUUUCAAAUUACUUACAAAUAUUACAUGUGGUACAAUAAUAUUUGAAGUGUGAUAUCCCACUAAAAUAGGUAUUUGAAAUAGUUUUAAGUAGAUAUGUAUUGUAAUAGUGAUAAUUUUGAGCGCUGGUAACACUGAAGUGGGCUGACCUGGCAAGUGACUAGUGUUGCCAGAAAUCAGUUGAGUGGAAUAAAUAAAUGCUAAAUUAAAAUGUCAAUGAAAUGCUGCCUUAUGAGAUUAAAAUGUCCAUGUUGAGAAAAGUAGUAUUAAAUAUUAAUACUGCAUUAAAAUUCAUACAUUUUGUACUAAGACCUCUCAUCUUGUCUAAAUGAGCCUCUAUUUAAAAACAUUAGACAAAAUUUGUGAUUCUAGGCAACAUUAGGCGCGUUAUUCCCUCAACACCAAGUCCCAAUUCAAAGCAUUUUGAACUCUAUUGUAAACAUCAUAAACCUUAUUUCCAUAGAAACAUAUUUAUAUUAUGUCCAUUGAUAUUUUAUUAGCUCCAGAAAAAUUAUUUCUUCAAAAUUUGUGAUAAUGGACAUCAACCUUAUUGCUCUUGUAAUAAGAGUGUUCUAUAAUGGAAUUGGGUUUCUAGUUUACAGAUAAAAUUAUGUAUAUCUUCAAGUGUACUUGGAAAACCUUUGGUUUAAAAUAUAUUUAAAAUUAAGUGCAAUAAUGUUUAUCUUACAUUUAAUUCGACAUUUAUUUUUUAAAUAUAUUUAGUAUAUAAAACUCUCAACUAAAUGAGUUGACUCUAGGUAUCGUUAUGUUUGUGUAAAUUAUGAUUAUUAUGAAUAUGAAUAAAGGUUAUUAAAAAUCGUA